AUGUUUCCCGCUGGUUUCUUCUUUUUGCAUUCUAUUUAUUACUACGCCACUCAAGCUCUGAUGGGCAUCGGCUUUGCCAUGUACUACGCUGGACAGGGCUUCUAUAUGUCGGAACACUCAACUAAAUCUACCAUAUCCAGAAAUUCUGCUCUAGUGAGUGCUAUUGGAAACUGCAGUAUGCUCAACGGCGGAAUAAUCAUGGCUCUUAUAUUUUACCUUAGAAGAAAGAGCGAUAACCUUAUUGAUGUGGUUAAAGACGUCGAAGGACCCAGCUACCGAGAUUUCUCAAAUAAGGAGAUUUACUUAAUUCACGGAGUUCUUUUGGUCUUUUCCUUUACCUCGAAUAUUAUCUUUGCCUCGCUACCCACAAAAAGGAUCAGUGACCGUGAACAAUUCGAAAAUGUCGACAAAGCAACCUUUCGUACUCAGCUGUCCAAUAUUCUCGAUUGCGCCAAAGAACGAAGAUUGGUACUGCUAGCUGCAUUCUUCGCAUUUUACGGCCUCCAUGUUUCUUAUUUUCUCGGAGCCUACCCUACCACAUUCGCCUUCACAAAAAUACUUUCUACAAAUGUCUAUCUUCCCGCCUAUUACAGUUUUAUGUUAGGAGUAGGAAACGUUAUAGCUGGCGGUUAUAUAGCUUUCUUCAACACGAGGUUCAGCAAUUUUGGUCUCAUACCUUCUAUGGCAACCGAAGUUGUGCUCAGUAUUGCUAUGUACUUGUUGACCUUUGCCACUACUGCUAAUCUGUCAACUAUCCAAACAACCGAUGACACAUCAACAUGGAUUACACCAUCAGUUGCUACCUGCUGUAUGCUCGGAUUGUUGAAUGGUAUGAUUAACUGCUGCUCAUGCACAAUGCGUGCACUUAUCUGCACCAUCGCUAUUCCACGUAAGAGACUUCAGGCGUACUCUUUAGCCAAGCUUUAUCAGUCGGCCGCAUCUUGCGCCGCAUACUUCUUGUCACCGCAGUUGACCGUACGAGCGUGGAUAUUCGUUAUGGCAGGAAUUCAACUCUUCUCAGCCACUGGCUUCGUUCUAGUUUCGAAGCAAAUCCUGAGGGACGAGGUUAAGAACAAACUCCAACCGAAACACGUCAUCAACAAAAUCAAACCGUCAGCUUGA